GAAAGUGGGAUAGUGUCAGUGUAACUGAUCAUGAGGGUAAUGUGGAUAAGGUGAUUCUUGGUGUUUACAAAGAUUCUACUGUAUCCAUGACGACACGCACUAGUCAUCUUACUACAACAAAAGCGAUGAAACACUUCAGUAAACAACGACCAUCUACACAAAGUAUAACUGAGCUCAUCAACCAGGAGAGGGACGGACUAACAUCCUCGAAGUUCACAUACAAGAACCUAGAAAUCAUUCCAUCACCUCAGUCCAAUUUACCAACAGUGACUGUGCCAGCCAUGGAGAUGAAAACAACAGCAGCAGCAGAGGUAGUAGACAGAACCGUUGUUUCUUAUUCUGUUGGCGGUACUAUUGAUAACAUGCAAACACAUACCACGCGGCCCGAAGAGGUAACGUCUGCUUCCUUAGAUGGUACUACAGAUAGUGUACAAACCCGUCAAAAGCCAUAUCGUACUACAAAAAGUGAAGAGAUAACGCGCAGAUCCACACAAGACAGUCAGAAGAGCACUACCAAAGAUAGUCGCGUAAAUUUGGAAGGAAUACGGAGCCAGCAAGUUGCAUGUGACUUUGAGACAUCUGCUAUAUGUGGCUUUACACAAGAUAACAGUGAUGAUUUUGACUGGACACGCGACUAUAGUGGUACAAGCUCACUCAACACUGGACCAUACUAUGAUCAUUCAGAAGGAACUUCAUAUGGUUAUUACAUGUACAUAGAAGCAACGGGACAAAAUACUGGUGAUACUGCAAGGUUACAAUCCACAAACAUAUCCCCCUCGGUCGCUAGUUCUUGUUUGGAGUUCUGGUACCAUAUGUAUGGCUCUGAAAUGGGUACACUCAACGUAUAUGCGACGGCAAACUCCUACCCAUAUAACCAAGAACUGCUCGUAACUCGAUCGGGUAAUAGGGAUAACUAUUGGCGCUUUGCACAGAUACCAUAUAUUAACAAUUCAUCACACGUUAUAGAGUUUGAAGGGAUUCGUGGCACAAGCUUCACAAGUGAUAUUGCAAUUGAUGACGUAUGGAUAUCAAGUCAACCAUGUGGACCGCCCACUCCUUCGUGCAAUCCAGCUUGUAUUAACGGCACAUGCCGCUACAGUGACGACUAUUCAACUUUCUGUGAAUGUACUUGGCCAUAUUCGGGGAUAUCAUGUGACCAAGCGACGCCUGCCACGUAUGACGUCACGUGUGACUUUGAAGAUGCUGAUAUAUGCGGUAUUACACAAAGCAUGACUGGCGGUUACCAAUGGUUACGAGUCGCCAACUAUUCAUCAUUGAAUGGUGUAAUACACGACCAUACAACUGGGUAUGGUUAUUACAUGCACUUCCUUGGUUAUUCCGGAUCAGCGUAUCUGUUUACGCCAAUUUACUCUAGUACGCAUGGUAACAAUAGCGUUACUUGUGUUGCGUUUUGGUAUCAGGCGGAUGGUUCUGUACAUGACUCUUUCGAGCUGAAUGUAAAUGUGAUAGACAGGAUAGACAAUGAGUCAUUGGGCAUGCACAUAGGGAGUACAUCGGACCAAACGAGUGACUGGACGUUGAUGCGAUUCUUAUAUUCACGCAAUCAAAACCCGUUUUAUUCAGUAGUGAUUGCAGGACAUUCGAAUUAUAUUCCGAUUUCCAUUGAUGAUUUAACCGUGCACUCUGGUCCAUGUGAAUGUCAAGACUAUGAUUUCCAGUGUGAAGACGGCAAUGGGUGUUUGCCAUGGCAAUAUGCUUGUAAUGGUAUCAGUGAAUGUCAAGACGGAAGCGAUGAACGGAUAUGUGGUAUAUGUGGUGGCGAUGUGUAUAUACCAGCAUAUGGAUCAUACACGAUAAACUCACCCGGAUACCCCAAUCCAUAUCCAUCGUACUGUGACUGUAGAUGGCGGAUACAUACUGACGUCGGUUAUAGUAUGAUAAUCACUAUUCAACACUUCUCCGUCAGGCAUUCUGAUGCGUACUUGUACAUAUACAAUGGAGCAAAUGAAACAUCAUCUGCGGCGUUGUCGUUAACUGGUUCAUCUUCGUCGCAAUUACCUACACACGGCUGGAGAUCAACAUACAAUGACGUAUUUCUACACUUCACUUCAAGUUAUUAUUAUAACGUUUACAGUGGUUGGGAGAUACGAAUAGUGUCACAACUAUCACCGACAAGACCACCCUUCGGAACAAUUUGUGAUUUUGAAGAUGACUUUAUUUGCUCUUAUGAUCAAGACACUAUGGAUGAUUUUGACUGGACAAGAAUUUCUGGUUCCACGCCGUCGGGGAGUACAGGCCCCUCAGGGGACCACACAACGACAAGAGGGUUUUAUAUGUACAUCGAGGCGAGCUCUGCAUACUAUAACUCUAUUGCUCGGUUAAACACGUACGCGAUUUCUAAGAACAGCAACGCAUCGUGUUUACAACUUUGGUAUCAUAUGUACGGAAGCAAUAUGGGAACUUUCAACGUUUAUAUUGAUGACUUCACUAAUUCUACGCUAAUUAUGACUCGUUCGGGUAACCUUGGCAACUACUGGCGGCAUGCAGUGAUCAUGAUUCCUUAUACGUCAUCGGAGAGGUAUCGAAUAGUGUUCGAAGGUGUUCGGGGAACUAGUUAUUACAGUGACCUGGCUAUCGAUGACGUGCAAAUAUUCGACCAGUGUGAUUACCAACAAUGCGGUGGUACCUUCAUGUUGGGCAGUGAGGAGCUUGCCAUAAUUACAUCUCCUGGCCAUCCGAACAAGUAUGACAUUAACGAUAACUGUCUGAUAUAUGUGGUUGCAUCGGACAGCGGUGACUUGAGGAUAAUAUUCAACACAUUUGACAGCAGGAGAAAUUAUGAUUACCUAGAUAUUGGUGUUGGAAAUGAUGCUUUUAAUGCUUCGUCGAGAGUUCUCCAUCAUAGUGGAUCUGUGCUGCCUGAUGGUAUAUACGCCGCUGAGGGCAGUGUAUGGAUUGAUUGGAUGACCUACAACUAUUAUUACACUAAUAAUUACUAUACAGGAUUUAAUCUAACCGUUGAGAAUGUGCCAAAGUGCAUACAUAUCAUACGAAUGUCUCUGGGGCAGCAUAACCACAUUACUUCCAAAAAUUAUCCUGAUAGUUAUGAAAACCUCCACCACUGUACCUGGAUUGUUUCUUCGGAGGAAGGGGUAGCGAUCAAUGUACAUUUUCUAGAGUUCAACACGCAGUUUCAACGCGACAACUUGAGCUUAGGCAUCGGUGAUAGCCCAUCCUUGCAGUCCCAAGUAGUAAUGCAUUCUGGAUCUACCAUCCCUGAUGACUGGAUAUCCGAAACCCACACGAUAUGGAUUCAGUUUGCGACUGAUGCGUCCAUCACCUACCGGGGAUUUCGAUUGGAACUUGAGGCAGUGAAGUAUUGUGAAAACAUUGGGAUUCCUUUUUGUGAGCCGUAUCUUCCAUAUGGGGGUUCUCAAUUUUAUAGUCCAUUCGGACUAACAAGACAACAAACGGAGCAGGUCAUCGAUAGAACGAGGGAAGUUGAAGGAUGUCAUGAAUACAUUCAGCUUUUUAUGUGUUCAUUAUUGUCUCCAGAAUGCGGUGUUAACGGAACCUACCGCCAACCGUGUCGAGCUUUUUGUGACGAUGUGCGCUCAGCGUGUGAAGAUACUAUGCAUUUCGGUGGGUUGGUAUGGCCAGUCAAUUGUUCUUCACUUCCGUCUCCCGUUGAAGCUGUCGAUUGUAUUAGAAUUACACCUUGCCUGAGCUUCCCCUGUCAACACAAUGGCACGUGUUUGGCUACAAGUGAGCAGAACUACACGUGCGCGUGUGAGGCUGGAUAUAUUGGACAUCAAUGUGAAAUUGAUUUUGACGAAUGCAGCAGCACGCCGUGUGCUAAUGGAGGUACGUGCAUUGAUGGUAUCAAUGACUACACGUGCUUCUGUUCCAUUGGAUAUACUGGGCAGCAAUGUGAUUGCGUCGACAUCACGAUAGAAAGUUGUCAGUACUUGGAUUUGAAUUAUGCUAGGCUGGCUUCAUUCAGUCGAUCAAGAUCCAACAACCAAGGAAUAAGAGACUUCAUACAAUCACUACAGUAUGAGAGAGCUGGUUGUUACGAGCAUAUAGGGUUUUUCAUGUGUGCAUUAUUAGCCCCUGAAUGCAGCGAUGAAGGCUAUUAUCGACCGCCUUGCAAUUAUUUCUGUGAAAUUGCAAGGAGCGAGUGCGAACCAAAGUUCAACACAGGAGGCAUACGCUGGCCAAUUGAUUGUGAUGUUCUACCGAAUAAUAACGAUUCCGCUGUGUGUGUUCCUGAUCCAAACGUGGCCGCGGGGUCAGGGUUAUGUGGAAGAAGAUUAUUUGGAUCUGAUCGUAUUGUUGGUGGUAUGGCUGCUCAAUUAGGUAGCUGGCCCUGGCAGGUUUCAGUUUUAAGACACGGGAGCCACAUCUGCGGAGCGGUAAUUAUUGAUCCAAACUGGAUUUUAACAGCAGCUCACUGCGUAGAUGGGUAUUCAGCUUCUAGCUAUGAGCUACGUAUGGGGUUCAUAUCUCAGGCAGACUCUGUACCAACCGAAAUAAGAAGAUCAGUUAAUGAGAUAAUCAUGCAUCCAGUCUAUGAAUACCCACCGUGGUAUAACGACUAUGACGUGGCGUUAUUCCGCGUAGAGCCUGCCAUAGAAUACACAGAAUACAUACGACCAGCGUGUUUGCCUCCUGCCAAUGACCUCUCUUUCUUUCACGCUGGCGAGUUGUGUACAGUGUCAGGUUGGGGUUUCCUAUAUGACGGUGGAUACGUGGCCAAUAGUCUACAGGAGGCUGAAAUCAAUCUUUGGGACCAGGCUACCUGCAACAGUAUGCUGAAUAGCAACAUAUUAGAUUCAUACAUAUGCGCUGGAGGUCCGGGUGCUGGAAGUGCCAGUACUUGCAGU